CCGCCUUUACUGCCAAAAACGUAAACAAAACAUUUUUUAAAGUGUUUACAUUGAAGACUUGGCGCCAUGUCGGUAAAUUUGGAGCCGGGCGUCAUCCGGAAGCUCGACGAGGUGGUGGUCAACCGCAUAGCCGCCGGCGAAAUCAUCCAGCGACCCGCCAACGCCUUAAAAGAGCUGCUCGAGAACAGCUUGGACGCCCAAUCGAGUCACAUCCAGGUGCAGGUGAAGGCCGGCGGCUUGAAGCUCCUCCAGAUCCAGGACAAUGGCACAGGUAUACGGCGCGAUGAUCUGGAGAUCGUCUGCGAGCGUUUCACCACCUCCAAGCUGGCCCGCUUCGAGGACUUGGCCCAGAUAGCCACGUUCGGCUUCAGAGGAGAGGCGCUGGCCAGCAUCAGCCAUGUGGCCCACUUGAGCAUCCAGACCAAGACGGCCAAGGAGAAGUGCGGCUACAAGGCCACCUACGCGGAUGGCAAACUGCAGGGUGCGCCGAAACCCUGUGCCGGCAACCAGGGCACCAUCAUCUGCAUCGAGGAUCUUUUCUACAAUAUGCCGCAAAGGAGACAGGCGCUCCGUUCGCCGGCCGACGAGUUCCAGCGGCUGUCCGAUGUCCUGGCCAGAUACGCUGUCCACAAUCCCCGGGUGGGGUUCACGCUCCGCAAACAGGGCGAGGCACAGCCCGCUUUGAGGACUCCGGUGGCCAGUUCCCGGGCCGAAAACAUACGUAUUAUCUAUGGCGCAGCCAUAUCCAAGGAACUGCUGGAGUUUAGCCACCGCGAUGAGGUGUUCAAGUUCGAGGCCGACUGCCUUAUCACCCAGGUCAACUUUUCGGCCAAGAAGAGUCAGAUGCUGCUGUUCAUCAACCAGCGACUAGUUGAGUCGCCAGCACUGAAGACCGCCGUGGACUCUGUGUACGCCACCUACCUGCCACGUGGCCACCAUCCCUUCAUCUACAUGAGCCUCACACUGCCACCACAGAAUCUGGACGUGAAUGUUCAUCCCACCAAGCACGAGGUGCACUUCCUCUACCAGGAUGAGAUCGUGGAGCGGAUCAAGCAGCAGGUGGAAGCCCGUCUGCUGGGCAGCAACUCCACGAGGACCUUCUACAAACAGCUGCGGCUUCCAGGUGCCCCAGAUCUGGAUGAAACACAGUCGGCAGACAGAACCCAGCGCAUCUAUCCCAAGGAAAUGGUGCGCACCGAUGCCAGUGAGCAGAAGCUGGAUAAGUUCCUGGCGCCUCUGGCGAAAUCCGACUCUGGUGUGUCCUCCAGUUCCUCCCAGGAGGAGAGACCAUCGCUGCCAGAGGAGAGUUUUCGUGUCACUGCGGCCAAGAAGUCCCGAGAGGUGCGACUUAGCAGCGUUUUGGACAUGAGACAGCGGGUGGAGAGGCAGUGCAGCGUCCAGUUGCGGAGCACUCUCAAAAACAUGGUCUAUGUGGGUUGUGUAGACGAGAGGCGGGCUCUGUUCCAGCAUGAAACGCACCUUUAUCUCUGCAACACUCGCUCUUUCAGUGAGGAACUCUUCUAUCAGCGGCUGAUCUACGAGUUCCAGAAUUGUUCGCAGAUCACAAUGAAUCCGCCGCUUCCGCUCAAGGAGCUGCUAAUGCUCUCGCUGGAAAGUGAGGCCGCCGGCUGGACGUCCGAGGAUGGGGAUAAAACUGAACUGGCGUUGAGUGCUGUGGAGAUCCUGCUGAGAAAGGCGCCUAUAAUGCGUGAAUAUUUCGGACUGCGCAUUUCGGAGGAGGGACAGCUGGAAUCCCUGCCCAGUUUGGUUCCCCAGCAUCGACCCAACGUGGCUCACCUGCCGGUCUAUCUGCUCCGCUUGGCCACCGAAGUGGAUUGGGAACAGGAGGCGCGCUGUUUCGAGACUUUCUGCAGGGAAACUGCUCGCUUUUACUCGCAAAUGGAUUGGCGCGAAGGUUCGGCGGCGGCACACCCCAGGUGGACCAUGGAGCAUGUGCUGUUUCCGGCCUUUAAAAAGUAUCUUCUACCACCACCACGUCUCAAGGAUCAAAUCUAUGAGCUUACCAAUUUGCCCACACUGUACAAAGUUUUUGAAAGGUGUUAGUUGGGCUUUUUAACAAUGCUUUAAUCCUUUUUUUUUAAAUGAAUAUAAUGUACGUAUGCUUAAAGAUUAGAUCUCCUGGAUCACAACAGA